AUGUCAGUCCCUUCGCAAAGUGAGGCAAUUAUAGCGUCUCUCAUAGAUGAAGUGCAGAAAUCGAAUACGCCUUUCGACGUAAAUGUACUCAUAGGUGGUCAUGAAAAGAAAAUGUAUGAAGAAAGUACUUCAUCAAAAAAUGAAAGUAAAGGAAAACGACACAAAGAGAAGAAAUCGAAGAAAAACAAAAAGUCUUCUUCUAAACGAACACAGUCAGGAUCGCCAUCCGAGCACAAAAAUCGGCGUCAUAAUCGACACCGCUCGUCAUCGAUAAAGCAUAAUAAUGAUAAUGAUGAGCCUCGAUCUGGUUUACCGACUGCUACCACAACUGCCUUAUCCAUGGAACACAAAAUAGAGAAGGUUUCUGAUGAUGAGGACGAUCUUCCAAUGGGUGCCGAUUUCUUGACGGUAGGAACGAACUCGACGAAUUCGACAUCGUUUGACGAAUUUGCUGAUCGAACGUUGCCGUCAGUGAUGAUUACGGGUCGAAACAGGCGUAGGGAAUUUGUUCCAAAUGAAGAAUUCUUUCCGAUUUCGAAGAAGGUAAGGAAAGAGUGUGACUAUAGCCCGCCACUGGAACGUAGUAAGAGGCCACUGUCACAGAUUCUUGCACGAGUUCGUACGAAGAAGGAUUCUGGCGCAUUCGUACCACGAAACAUUAAAUUGAAGCAGGAAAUCAAACAUAGUGUGGUCAAUGAAUGUCAUCCAGAGGAAAAUGAUGGUGUGAAGUGGAAUAAGAAUAAUGACGGUAAUAUUACGAGAACGGAGGCGUGUAAAGAAGAUACAUUGAACGAGGAGUAUGGACCGCGUGUCGUUUCAGCUGGUGUUCCAUCGGGACCGUUGCCGAUAUCUGAUGAUGAUGAUGAAAUGCAACUGUCAUUGGCACAUCCCCCUAUAAAAUCAGUGGGUCGUGUUAAGAUUGCAUCCUUGACUAAGAAAGUAAAUGAAAGAAGGUCGCCGUUGUCAGUGAUUGGUAAAAAUGGAGAAAUACCAAUCAGUGAAGCUAGUGGUGGUAUAUCAAGUUCAUCUGAUGAACAAGAAACAACGUCACAGUAUGAAAAGCAUAAUAAUGUUAGUGAUAGUGACCAUAAUAAAACGUCAACAAAAGCAAAUCGAGAAGUUGGCCAUUAUGCUGGCGAAGACGAGGAGGAAGCACUGAAUUCAUCUUCCCAUCACAACAAGAAAGAUUCAAAGAAUAGGAAAAAGAAGAAGAAAAAGAAACAUGACAAGGAGAAAGAGGAAGAGAAACACAAACAUUUGGAGAGUGUUUCAUCAUCUUCAGAUAGCGAAAAGAAGUGGAAAAUUAUUGAAAAUAAAUCAAAAGCGCAAUUCGCUCAUACAUCAUCAGCAUUCGGUGAAUAUUCACGAUUGUAUUCGGAUCGAUAUGAAGAGACAUAUGACCGAAAUUUUGAAACGCAGUGGGUAAACGAUAAUCAUAAAAGACGACUACCGUCAUAUAAAUCCUUUGGCAACGAUUCAAGUGCACCAGCAGUUGAUCGUUACCGCGGCCGUUCUCAUCAUCACUAUCGUGUGUCAGUUCAACGAGGUCGAUCCACUUACGCAUCAAACCGCUAUGAAACUAAACUCGUUAGCACGUUGCGUCGACCAAAGAAGUUUCGCAGUUCGUAUAGUAGUUCAUCGAAAAAGUAUUCAAGGUCGAGGUCUAAAUCAAAAUCAGCAUCGGGAUCGCGUAGUAGUUCAACCCGAUCUUCUGAACAGUCUCAGUCUCGAUGCAAUAGUAGUAGUCGCUCGAGAUCGCCAAGUAGACGAGAAUACCGACAUGGAAAACGUUUGAGGAGAAGGCAUGUUGAUGAAAAAAGUGACGAGCACAAGAUUGACAAGAAGAAACUUCUGGAAAUUGCACAACGCAAUGCUGCUCAAAUGACACAGAGUGGUGCGGUUACUUCAACUGACUCAAACAGCAGAAAUGCGCAGACUAGUGGACAAUCUGUAGAUCAGCUUGUUGAUUUUUGUCAAAAACUUCAACAGUCACAAGAGAAGGAUGAAAAAGAGCACGGAAAGAGUGGUGAACCUGAUGAUGAUGAAGUGCCACCAUUUAUUAAAAAACGAAAGUCUGAAGAGGAAACCGAUUUUGUAAAACAUCCUUUCGCUUUAAAGCAGUCUGCACCAAUAACAAUCAAUAUAACGAAUGCUGUUCCACUGCCAAUCAAGACACCCGCACAACGAACCAUCGAAGAGACUCAGCUGCGAAUCUGCUAUCCGGUCUCUUCAGGUCAACAGCACAGAGAAACAGAUGUGGUGAUUGGCAAUGCUCAAUCGGACAAGAAUGCUUCAUAUCACCUACCACCCCCUCCGCCACCACCCUUAUUACAGCCGACGGGGUUCGAUUUGAAUUCAGCUGCUGAAUCAGAGAAUGAUAGUUGUUUGUUGCCAUUUCUAGGUUCAUUGCCUCCUCCACCACCUCCACCUCAACUUAAUCUAUGUUUAUCUCCUCCUCAAACCCUCAUCCAAAACCAUCCACUCCCUCCCCCUCCUCUUCCACAAUAUAACAGUUUGCUAUUCGAUCACUCGCCAACGAUUUUAGAUAAAACGCCAGCCAACGUUGGUAAAGUAUUAGCAAAGCGAGUAGAAGCCAAAAAAAGACUGGUCAGUAAUCCAAAUGAUGUUGAAGCUAGGGAUAUGCUUGGCGAGGCUGAUGACCAGAUGAAAGCAUGGGCAGAAAGUAAGAAUGUGGUUGGAAAAUUCACCGGUACAACUGGUGUGCAGAUUUUGACCGCCGAACAAUUGGCACCUAAUGAUCCUCGUUACAGUGCAUGGGCAAAAAAGGCUGGAUUUUUAAUUUUGAUGUUUGGUCCAACGUACUCAUUGACACAGAUUCUGUAUAGGAUUCAAGAGCUAGAAUUAUUUCUGUCUGUGAAGGAUCUUUUCAAGAGUGCGAAUAAAGUCACAGGAGGUGUAGGCCAUAAAUUGAUGGAAAAAAUGGGUUGGACACCUGGCGAAGGAUUAGGGAAAGAUGGUGAUGGACCUUUGGAACCGUUAAGUGUGGAUGUGAAAGCAGACAGAAAAGGUCUUGUUUCAACUGAUGAAUUACCUCCAUCAAAAAAGUCGGGUGUAGCUGAUGCUGUAGUUCAUUUGGAAAGUAUUAACGAGAAGAGUGCUAGUGCACAUCAGGUGAUUGUCAAUGGAGUUGCAUACGAACCGGCAACCGCAUCGUCGAAUAAAAAGCUGGGCAAAGCACAAGUUUGUGAGGUUGCUCUAGAAUCACUUGGUUUUAAACAAAAAGAGAAGUUACGUCGACUACAAAAUCCGAACAAUGAGCUGUGGUCAAAAGAUAUCAUAUUUGAACUGGAGAAUGGCCGUGAGAGGAAGUUAUUCGAAAUGCUAACAACCGAUGUUCAAUCCCAAUGUUUCGACGAUAAUUUUGUUGACAUUCCAAUUUCGGCAUCUUAUUUGCAACGUAAACUCGCACCUCAAACGGUCGCUAUCAACAAACAAGAAUUACUGAAGCUUACGGCUGCAGAUGUUCUUCAGGUAUUCAUUUAUUCAUCUUUUCGUCUUCAAGUUGUAAUUUCGACUCUUCCUAGACAUUGGUAUUGCCAUUAA